AUGAAGUCCAACGUUGCCACUCUGUUCCCCAACGUGAAGGUGGCUACAAAUGUCAUUGAGUAUGCCGCGGCCAAGUCCGACAUCCUGCCCGAGCCGCUGCUCAAGUACCAUGCCUACAUCCUGCGGCUGGAGCAGGCCGAGUUGACCAUCUCCACGUUCCAGGCCCAGGCACUCAGCUUCCUGGCCAAAACGGCUGGAGCGAAACGUGUCUUGGAGAUUGGCGUCUUCCGCGGCUUUUCCUCCAUGGUCUGGUCCAAUGCAGUCGGCCCUAGCGGAACGGUCACUGGCCUGGAAAUGGACGAAAAAUAUGCCGAUUAUGCCAGGCUCGGCUUUGCCGACGUUGGCGUGAAAAAUGCAGAGAUCAUCGUCGGCGAUGCCCUGAAAACACUCGCCGCUCUGGACCCAGAGGAGCCGUACGACCUCAUCUUCAUCGACGCACAAAAGACCGGCUACCCCGCCUACCUCCAGACGAUCCUGGAGAAGUCGGCACCGGGCGCGCCACGUCGUCUGCUGCGUCAGGGUGGCCUCAUCGUCGCCGACAACGUGCUGCGGCGUGGCCUCGUCGCCGACUACAGCGCAGACAACCCGGCUGCCGUGAAGGCGGCGCAUCUGGUUGCCGCGUCGGUCGACGGGAAGAGUGACAGCAUCGAGGCCCUGAAGGCGCUGGACGCGUUCAGCUCGGCGAUGCGGGAGAACAGCCGGAUCGACUCGCUCUUGGUCCCGCUCUUUGACGGCAUUGCGCUGGGCCGUCUGGAAGACUAA